CCAGGGUGGCGGUGGCGAGUCCCAGGGGCUGCAGGGUGGCCCUGCCUUUGCUCCUGGGGGCAGAGGGAGUGUGGGGGGGAGCAGAGGGCACCAGAGCAGCCAGCCGAGAGCACAGCCGGGUCCCGUUAGCUCGCCGUGCUCCGGGAGUGACAGAGGGGACAUCUCUCCCCAGGGUUAGCAUGACCGAGGUGGAACCCGUGCUGGACUUCGCAUCCUCCGGCAGGACGGGCCGGCGCAAUGCCCUGCCCGACAUCCUGGGCUCGCCCGCCGGCGUCAGCCCCGCCGACCUGCCCCUCAAACUGGCUGAGAUGUCCCUGAGCGCAGGCAGUGCCCAGGACAUGCAGUCGCCCUCAGCGGAGGUGCCCCCUCCGCAGCCCCCCAGCCCCGAGCUGAAGGACACGUCCUAACCCCGCCGGGGGGGGACAUUUGUGACCGGCGGAGGAAGGAGGAGGCUGUGGGCCACCAGCCCAGCUUUCCUGGCUCAGCCGGAAUCCGCUGGGAUUUCCUCGGUGCUGCCGCAGCGAGACCCCGGAGCGUCCCCCCGGCCAUGCGGGAGCCGCGCGUGGCGGGGACAUGGAGGGGACACGGAGGGGACCUGCCGUGACCGAGGGGCGAUUCCCACCCACGCCCUGGGCCAGGACUCGGGGGGGGUGGGAUGUUUUGGCCUCCCCGGGGGGAGGAAUAUUUUUCUUCUGGGGCAUUUGGCAGAGCCGAGCGCGGGGGGGUCCCGGGGGAGCCCUCCUGGCCGCAGGAGCAGCCACGGGUGUUUCUUGCUGAGUGUGGUGUUCA